AUGGAUCUUUUCUUUCAAGUGGACCAGAAAUCAGUCGAGACCGGUGGUCGACUCUCUGGAUGUCUCGUCAUCAAGGCCAGCAAGGCAAUCGCUGCCACUGAAUUGAGUUUACGCUUCCGUGGGAAAGAGCUCACGACGGUCGAAGGAAGCAAAGGCAGCAGAUGCUGCGCAGAAGCGGAAUUGGUCAAUGUUGGCAUAUCCACAGCACAGCACGGCAUAAUUCAAGCAGGUCACAUCGCAGCGGGAACGCACCAUGUUCCUUUUUCAAUCAUGGUGCCUCAUGACCUUCCGCCCACCAUUCGCCUGUCCCAUCGUGGUCGAGAUCGGCUGAUAGCCAAUGAGGGUGCUCGAGUUGAAUACUCGCUGCGCGCCGUGGUAGAAGGUUCCGGUAUCCUAAAGAACUACCAAGCUCGAAAGGAAAUCCGAGUGGUAGCCAAGUCUAAGCGCCCACGACCAGUCCAGAAGAUCUUGACGUUUGACGGAGGCAAGAUCACUUGCGGACUAAAGAUCCUGGACACACGGUUGCGCGUUGGGCAACACCCCCAAGUCCAACUUUCUAUAAUCAAUGAGGGUGACACAGUUGUGGAGUCCAUCGAAGCCAAGGUGCAGCAGAAGGUGAGGUGGAGUGCCAAGGGUGAAUGCGGGGGUGGUCGAAAGGCCCCUACCUACAUUACAAUCAAGAGUGAAACAUUGAUCAAGCAAGCAACGAUCUUGGAUGGCUCCUCCUCAAUGGAUAUGUCUUCUGGAAGUGUCACGUUACAAGACCCGCAAAAGGCAAAGAAAUACAAGAUUCAUCUAGUCAAAAAGGAACUUGCAGGUGGACAUGGCAACGCUCUUGUGCUGCCGGCCGUACCGAGCACGGCGUUGAACAGUCACUGCAAAGGAAAGAACAACAUCAAGGUGGACCACCAGAUAUUGGUUACCAUAAGCACGCCCGAGAGGGCCCAUUCCAAGAAUCUGGUAAUGGCCAUCCCUGUCACAAUCGCUGCCCAAUAA